AUGUCAGAAAAACAUAAAGAAAACAUUUUAGAUCCUUCAGUUAUAUUACAUUCAACUUCCCAGAUUGCGACUGAAUUAAAGGAUCCUUAUGACGCCAUUGCUGCUGCUACUCACGCCAUUAUGCUGAGUGUUGGUUUCCGUUUUGCAGGAUUAGGUGAUGACGCACGCCAAGGUAUAUACGCAUGUUCAAUAUAUACAUAUACAAAUGGAGAUGGUAAUGUAAGGAAGUUACCAGAAGAAUGGAAUGCCAACGGACCUCAUAAUUAUAAUUUUAGAUAUAGUCAUCCGCAAUCAAGUCUGACGUUUGUAAUUAAAAUUGUGAGGUUAGGAGGCAAAUGCAUUAUUUUAGGCUUAGGUAUUGGUGAUAAUAAGACGGCAAUAUUGGAUAUAUCAACAGAAGAUUAUACAUCUGCCUCUUUCUUUCCUUAUAAUACUUCUUCUACUGAUAGGCCUUUAGUGCAUGGUUUUAUUUCUUCCAAUCGAUUUGAAGAUUUUAUUAAAGCAUUUAAAUUGAAUAUAAUUCAACGCUUAAUACCUGGGUUAAAUAAGCCUGGAUAUGAGGAUAAUAGUUCUGUUACUAAUACUGCGGCAAUUACAAAUGAGCCUAAUCCAAAUACAGAAAGAAAUCCUACUACGAGAGUUCCUAUUCCAGGCUCAGCAGAUUUUGAUGAUCCAGCUUACCCUGAUGUAGGUGGAUCUGAUCUACGUCCUUUAGGAGGUGUUCGUAGUGGAAUACGUAUGCCAGGAAGUGGUGAUGGCAUGUUCGUUGGUCCUGAUCAUCCUAUCUUUGGUAAUCGAAGUGGCAAUCGUAGUAGCUUAGACGACCCAUCUGGCUUAUUUGGUGGCCCUGAACCUUUGCCAAGAGGUUCUGUUCCUCCUGGAGCACGAUUUGAUCCUAUAGGGCCUUUUGGAAGAUUACCAGUUAGACCGCCUGGAAGAGGAGGUAAUAACAGUAGACCAAGAAGACCUUUUAGUGGUGAACCUGAUAAUGAUGAAUUAUUACCUCCCGUAAAUUAUAUUUAA